AGCCAUGGCCAAAAUUAGCCCCAAUCACCUUGAAGGACUGUUCCCAUGGCGUCUCUCACUCUUUCCCUCUGCUCACAUUUCGCCUCUCAUUGCCGACUCUCCGCCAAGCAGAAUUUUCCUUCUUCAACUCCAAAUUUCCCCUCAAAUUCCCACUAUGAUUCCUUCAAUUUUGCCCUUUCUACUUCAUCUUCUUCCCUCAAACUCUCCUCUUCUUCGGUUACUUCUUCCCACCCUGCAUUGCCCUUCCUCCUCAAGUCCUCCGAGUCCGAAGCGGCGGUAAUCGAGUCUGAACCUGCCGCUUCCCAAACUGUUGAAGUCCCCUCGGAAGAGGCCCCCAAGCGCGAGGAAAUCUUUGCGGUAGUUAUGAUUGGAUCCCGCCAAUAUAUAGUCUUUCCAGGGCGUUAUAUACAUACCCAGAGGCUGAAAGGAGCUAACGUCAAUGAUAAGAUAACUCUGAACAAGGUUUUGCUUGUGGGAACAAAAACUGAGGCAUACAUUGGAAAACCCAUAGUGACAAACGCUGCUGUUCACGCCGUUGUCGAGGAGCAGGGAUUAGAUAAGAAGGUAAUCGUGUUCAAGUACAAGAAAAAGAAAAACUACCGAAGGAACAUCGGACAUCGUCAGCCGAAUACACGAAUUAGGAUAACGGAAAUCAGUGGAUAUCAAGGCUAUCCCGCAUCCACACUUGAGUCGUAGAUACAAUUUUUCCGAUGAACUGAAUCAGCAGCUUUGAAGAUCUUAAUCCUUAUAUCUUGUAUGUAAGUUCUUGUGAAUCAAAUGUUUCAAUUCAGUCAUUUCAAUCUGGUAAUGAUUCUCAGGUGACUCUACUGACAAUUUUUUCAAACAAAUUUGUUGCUAAUAUGGACUCCUAGAAAUUUACCAAUUUAUAGCUUAUUAAUAUUAACGAAA